AUGGGUCGUCGCGGGCCAGCCUGUCGACGAUGUAGGGGACGGCAUCUCAAAUGCAAUGGAGAGAGACCAUGUGCCCGGUGCAAGAAGUCUGAUAUCGAAUGCGAUUUAUCGAGGGUGAAUGUCAGGUUCAGGUCGCACAAGCCUCGACCAAAGCCAGAUUUGACCUUUUCGCCCAGCCAGGAGUGGGUUGGAACGGCUGGGAAGGGCGAGUUUCAGUACGUCGACGUGAGCCGGGAAUAUGCACAGAAUGAUUCAAGCAAGUCGAACGCGAGACAAACAUCUAUCUCAAGCAAAGGAGCGAGGACUACCUCCUCUUCGAGCUCUCAAUCCGGAGACGCUCAUGACAACGGCCACUCACCAAUUCCCGAAGCGGGCCCUGUCUUCUCGAGCCCGGGGCCACUAUUUACGCCCGAUAGCACGGGAACGGUGUCGCCUCAGUCUAUCAGGCAUUGUGCAGUAACUCCACUUUCAAGUAUCGGUUACAAUCAUAAUUUUCUGGAACAGUCAGCAUAUCCUCACCAGCGAGACAAGUAUCCCAUAGGACCCCUGAAAGGACUUCCGAACUCCGCGUCAAAUCAGGCCUUCGUGACAAAUAUAGAAGAAGCAUGUUUGAUGCGACACUUUGUCGAUGACUUAGCUCCAUGGUUCGACACUAGCGACCGAGAUCACAAUUUCUGCUACACGGUUCCUGAACGGGCAAUGUUUUGUCCCGUCCUGCGCUAUGCUAUACUUACUGCAUCGGCUGGCCAUCUUACCCGAUCAUGCAGCCCAUAUCGGAACACAAAAAAUGUGAUCGUGUAUGACGGCAUCCAUCUGCCUGACCUCCGGUAUGAUACUGCAAUCUCCUACCAUGAUAUCUGCAUAUCCUACUUGAUUCAAGUGUCGAACAAUCCAAGCGGAGAUUUCAAUGAGGAUAUUCUGACAGCUGCAACCAUUUUACGAUUCUUUGAACAGCUUGACGCCCCUUCCGCAGGAACCGACACCGGAACUUACCUAACUGCCGUCCAAUUUAUCAUCAAUACCCAGCGCAAUCAGUCAUUCUACGCCUACAGAACCAUUGCCGGUCCACCUCGAGAUCUCAGCGUCCACGACAUUCCGGCUCCAUCAUUAGGCCACUCCGCAUGUUUGAUCGCCCUUCGACAGGAAAUCUGGAGUGCAUGUCUCUACCAACACCCCUGUCGUCUCCCCAUAUGUCCAUAUGAAGCGGAUAUCGUGUUUGACGAUACAGCAAGUGACUUUAUCUGGGCGAACCGCAUACUUAUUUGGUGCGCAAGCCUGCUCAAUUUCUGUUUCCGUUCUAAGCCGAUGACCCAUGAGGAGAGAGUCCAGCGAUGGACUAAAUUUAAAGGCUUCGAAGAAAAAUGGCAGACACACAAACCUUGUGCAUUUCGACCCAUUUACCAUGAAGAUCCAGCUCCCGAAUCUGGUAUAUUCUUCCCGCGCAUAUGGCACAUAAACUCCUGCCAAGUCAUGGCUGAGCAGCAUAUCGAGCUCGCACGCAUCCUCUUGGCAGUAUCAAAUCCCACAAUCUCCAGGAUUGGCCUGGGUGCAUCAUCUGCGAAUGCGACAUUAGAGGCAGAACUGCGAUCUGUUACUAGAAGGCUGGUUGGAUUGGGCGCUUCGAAUCCGAAAAUGCCACCGGCGCUAGUGACUUCUGCUGUGGGAAUCUCAAUGUGCGGGGAGUACUUCACGGAUCCCAGGGAGCAGGAAGCAUUGGUAGAUGUCUUGAUGAGCUUAGAGAUUGAGCAUGCAUGGCCUACUGAGGCUACGAUUGCGGCGUUGAGGAUUGCUUGGACGUCGAGGGCGCAUAAUUAG